AAAAGAGUUCUUAAAAAGCAACUAACUUAUAUGUCUUGGUUUUCAAAGGAGUUUUGUGGAACAUUUGGUUGUUUCCAAUGUCUACCAUUUUGCUCUUCAGUUUUUUGUUUCUCAUUCAGCCAGCUUUUCAGGUAUCAGAGCCUGACACUUUUCUGAUAUAUAAUGAAUACCUCAGUCUUUGUAUGGAGGCUCAGAAAUCUCACUCCAUCACUCUGGAGAGCUGCAAUAAGAAUAACGAGUGGCAAAAUUUCAAGUGGGCUUCUGAAGACCUGAUAUUAAACAUGGCAACAAAGCUGUGUGUAGCAGCACCUUCAAAAACCAACCUGGUUUCACUCACAUUGUCUCCCUGUAACAAGACCAGCGAGCUUCAGAAAUGGUCCUGCAGAAAUGAGACCUUUCUGCAACUUGGGAAGGAAAAGCUGUUUUUACAACCUGCAAGUGGACAAAAGGAGAAUGUUAUACUAUCUAAAACAUCCACCACAAAGAGUACCUGGACAAUCUUUGGAACAAAAGACAGCCUGUGUUCCAAGGGAUAUGAAGCUCUGUUUACCUUAGCUGGCAAUUCCUUUGGAAGCCCCUGUGUAUUCCCAUUCAAGUAUAAGAACACAUGGCAUGCUAAGUGCAUAAGAGAUGAUGAUCAAAAUGCACAACUCUGGUGUGGAACAACUGAAGAUGUGGAUAAAGACUCUCUACAAGGCUAUUGUCCAGUGAAAGAUGACAAUGAAUUCUUCUGGGUAAAAAACCAAUGGACAGGAGAUCUCUAUGAGUUCAACUCUUAUUCAGCUCUCUCAUGGCAUCAAGCAAGACAAAGCUGUGAGCAACAAAAUGCAGAAUUACUGAGCAUCACUGAACUACAUGAACAAACAUACUUGACAGGAUUAACAAGUACGGAUAACCUUGACUACUGGAUAGGCCUUAACAAUCUGGAUUUUGAUAGUGGCUGGCAAUGGACUGGUGACCAUCCUUUGAGAUACCUAAACUGGGCUCCAGGCAACCCAUCUCCAGAAUCUGAAAAGAUUUGUGGAUCAAUGAAGUCAGGGAAUGGUAAAUGGGAGAAUAAUAAAUGUGAAGAAAAAUUUGGAUACAUUUGCAAAAGACAUAAUUCUUCACUAGAUGCUUCAGUUACCCCUGAAGAUCCUUUAAAGCCAAUUAAAUGUAAAGAUGGUUGGGUUGCAUAUGCGGGCUACUGUUACCAUCUUCAUAGAGAACUUAAGACAUGGAAGGCUGCAUUAUCAUCCUGUCGAAAAGCAGAUGGAGAUUUAAUAAGUAUACACAACAUUGAGGAAUACAGCUUUGUGAUUUCUCAGCUUGGUUACAAAUCAACAGACCUUCUGUGGAUAGGACUAAAUGACCAGAAAACCCAAAUGUAUUUUGAAUGGAGUGAUGGAACCUCAGUAAGAUUUACCAAGUGGCAGCGAGGAGAACCCACACACGUAAUUAACAGGCAAGAGGACUGUGUCAUCAUGAGUGGAGAGAAUGGGGACUGGGAAGAUCAUUACUGUGAAGAAGAAUUGGGUUACAUCUGUAAAGGAAAACCAUUGGCAUCUGCUCCUGAAGAAGUUGAACCUGAUGAUCCAAAUUGCCAGAAAGGCUGGAAAAGGCAUGGUUUUUAUUGCUACUUCAUUGGACAGACAAUUAUAACAUUUUCAGAAGCAAAAACAUUCUGUGAAGCAAACAAGGCAUCUCUGACUUCUGUGGAGGACAGAUAUGAACAAGCCUACUUAACUAGCCUAAUCGGGCUGCGUUCUGAAAGAUAUUUCUGGAUAGGCCUUACAGAUGUGAAGCAACCAGGGACAUUCAACUGGACCAAUGGAGAUGAAGUUCUGUUCACUCACUGGAAUUCAGAAAUGCCUGGGCAACGUCCUGGCUGUGUGGCCAUGAGAACAGGAACUGCAGCUGGAUUAUGGGAUGUUGUGAACUGUGAAGAAAAGGCAGCUUUCCUCUGCAAACAAUGGGCAGAAGGUGUGACGCCUCCUCCUGUCCCACCAGUAACUGUCCCACCUCCAUGCCCUAAAGAAUGGCACCCCAGCCCAACUCGGAAUGUAUGCUUCAAAAAAUUUGUUGAUGAAAAAUAUCGUAAGAAAACAUGGUUUGAAGCACGAGAUUUUUGUAAAGAAAUUGGAGGAGACCUGGCUUCUAUUCAUAACGAAGAAGAGCAAAACAUACUAUAUUCAUGGGAUCAUGACUAUCAUUAUUGGAUUGGUUUAAAUACUUUAGACCCUGAUAAAGGAUUGGCUUGGAGUGAUGAAUCUCCAGUAAACUUUCAAUAUGGAUAUGACUGGUCAUCACUGUAUUGGAGUGAAAAACCAGGUUGCAAAAUAAUUCACAGGUGGUAUGGAGACUGGGUAACUUACCCAUGUGAAACUUUCCAGAAGUGGAUUUGCCAAAUAAAAAGAGGUACAACUUUAAAAAAAGAACCAAGAGAUGAUUUUGAAUAUUCUUUCAAAAAGAUUGAAGAUGGCUGGAUUGCGUAUGGAAGCAAUGAAUAUUAUCUGAGUAAUAUCACUUUGCCUGCUGAAAAAGCCCAAGAAUUCUGCAGGAAACAUGGUGGUGGUCUCACAGUAAUUGAGACUGAAACUGAAAGAAAAUUUUUGUGGAAAUACAAUUACUUUUAUGGAUCUUACUAUAACCCUUACAUUGGCUUAAUUUUGGGACUGGAUGGAAAGUUUAGCUGGAUAGAUGGUUCUCCCAUGACGUAUGUAUCCUGGGCCCCUAAUGAACCCAACUUUGCAAAUGAAGAUGAACAUUGUGUGAUGAUGUAUUAUUACACAGGUUUAUGGAAUGAUAUAAAUUGUGGUGCUGAGAAUGGCUUUAUUUGUGAAAGACACAAUAGUUCUGUCCCUUCAUCUGUUACUCCCACGUCAGCUGAGCCUCUUGGAGGGUGCCCUGAAGGCUGGCAUUUGUUUGAUAACAAGUGCUUCCGAAUAUACGGUUUUAAUGAAGAAGAUAGGAAAAACUGGAUUGCUGCACGUGCUGAUUGCAAAAACCUAGGAGGAAAUCUGGCUUCCAUAUCAAGCAAAACUGUUCAAGCUUUCCUCACAGUACACUUGAAAAGCUCUUCAAGUGGCCCCUGGAUUGGACUGAAUGAUAGGAAUUGGGAAAAUCGGUUCUUAUGGACAGAUGGAAGUGGCGUCUACUAUACAAACUGGUCCCCAGGUGCCCCAAGAUACAAUGGUGACUGUGUGUUUAUGCUUUGGAAGCCCGAGAAAUUAGCAGGAUAUUGGAGAGAUGGAAGAUGUGAAAUUAAAAGAAGCUAUGUCUGUCAAAGGAAGACUGAUAGUAUAUUACCUGUCUCUGAGGCAACUGUUCCAGCUUCUGGAUAUACCCUUUAUGGAAACAGCAGUUAUUCUCUUGUUAGUCCCAAAAUGACAUGGGAAGAUGCAAGAAAAAGGUGUAAAUCUGAAAACUCAGAGAUUGCCAGCAUAGUAAAUCCCUACAUCCAGUCAUUCUUAUGGCUACAGGUGUUAAAAUACAAGGAGCCUGUGUGGAUUGGUCUAAACAGCAAUCUGACCAAUAAGAAAUACAAAUGGAUAAGUAACCAGAGACUGGUGUAUAGUAGCUGGGGUGAAGAAGAGCCAAAAGAGAACAUUGCCUGUGUUUACUUGGACAUUGAUGGCCAUUGGAAAACAAGCACUUGCAAUGAAACGUAUUUCUCUAUCUGUGAAAAAUAUCAUGGUAUAAUUCCAACAGACCCUCCGGAGGUCCCAGGAAGAUGCCCUGAAUCAAAAGAAUCCCACAGUCCCUGGAUUCCUUUCCGGGCUCAUUGCUAUUCCUUUUACUCUUUCUGGCAGUCCUGGCCUUCAGCAUCAAUGAGAUGUGCUCAUAUAGGUGGCACUUUGACUUCUAUAGAAGAUUUAGCAGAAAUGAAUUUUUUGCUGGACCACACUCAUCAAUUAAGUCAAACGAAAUUUUGGAUAGGAUUAUUCAAAAAUGUGGAUGGAGAAUGGGAAUGGGAAGAUAAGACUGAAGUGGAUUUUGUGAACUGGAAAGAUGGACCACCUGAACCUUAUAACCACAGUUAUUACCAUGAAAAAGGCCAUGCCAUUUUUCAAGAGCAAUGCAUUUUCAUGAAUGGCCAUACUGGGGAGUGGCUUGGUCAAGGCUGCUACUAUCCAUCUAAAGGAUUUAUCUGUAAAACAUCCAAGACUCUUGAAGUGCCAACUGCAAUGCCUACAGAUGGUAAAGAGCACGCGGGGGUUCGUGAAUCAGCAAAUGGCACAGCUGUGAUAGCAGUAAUCUUGGUUAUGCUUAUCCUUACUGGUGCAGGCAUCACAGCCUAUAUUUUCUACAAAAGAAGAAGGAGACAACCACAACCCACUGGUGGUUUUGAGAACUCCAUGUAUAAUGGCAAUGUGAUUACCCUUCAGAAAGACCCAGAAUCUCAAGUGGACAAAAAAGAAGUAGAAUAAUAAGUUUCAGCAGCAAUAUCAGUGAAUACAAUAGGAUUGAAAGCUAGGUAGAAGGAUAUUGUGUUUCACCAUAGAAGAAAGCAUUUCGAAAAUAUUUGGCUUAAGCGCUAAUACUCUUGGAUGGACAAUUUCUGGGACUACGUGGGGGCUGCCUGAGAUCCUGGAAAGCCAUUCCUUCAUUUUCCCUCCCCAGCACCCUGUUUGAAGGGGGUAAUUUUUUUUAAUCUAAAGAUGAUGGAUACCACCUUUUCUCAAAGGCUCUGGAACUGCACUAUUGGUGAUUUGCUGCAUUUGGAUGCUUUUUUGCAUCUCCUCACCUGUUCCAGGCCUGUAUGGGACAUCUACCCAAAAAGGAAUGUGGGGUUUAUUUUCCCUUGAAGGAGAUACAUCCUUUGGGGGGGGGUUGAAAAACAUCCUUGGGGUUGCACAUGGCCUGCAGCCCACUCUUCUCUCACCGUGAUCUAGAAUAAAGCUCACAAUGUGGAAUUUUCUGGCUGUAGAAUGGCUGUUCAGCAAAAUCAUAGGUUAUAGAGAAUAUUUUUAAAGAUCAUAUGAUUGGUAAAAUUAAGGGCCAUAAUUCUGUGAUGCUCUAAAAAGAACUCAACAGGUACAGUUUACCGAGCCUAAUUUUAUAGAGAGUUCUUGAUGAUGCAAUGUGUGGAAAGGAAAGCUCUGCUCUACUUUCGGUUACUGCUGUGCAAGGUUUACAGCUACCUGUCUUUUGAUGUAAAUGUUACAGAAGAAUAUUUAUUCUCCUGGGUGUUGUUGUUGUUGUUCUACCUGACAUAUGUCCCUCUUCCCUGUUCACAUCGAUGAAUUUCACUCUGAAGGCUUUCAACCACGUUGGCAAUCACUUUGGAAGGGUGAAACAGAAAGCACAUUAAUAUUGGCUUUCAAGUUUUCUUACAUUGCUUUUAGAAGGUUCAUCUCCCCAGAGAUGGUAGCCUUAAAACAGCAAGUGUAUGAACGAAUGCGAAAUGGUGUAAUGAAUUUGUACCUCAGUUUAUGGUUCUAGUUCAUUGCACCAACUGUUCACUAUGUGGGCUUAAACAAGUGGUGAUAUUUUCCCAUAGGUUUGCUGAAAGACAAAUGAUAUCAGCUGAUGGAGGAAGCACUUAAUAUAAAUCAACAAUGAACCUCUGUUUUACUUGUAAAAUAUAAUUUGUAAAUGUUUCUGUUCUAUACAUCUUUGUAUGAAUCAUUUUUUGUCCUCAUGCUGAUUUGUCAAGUUUGGUUUUAUGCUCUGUUUAUUUCUACAUAUUUUUUUAUUAUUAGUUCAUUUGUGGUGAAAUUGUUUUUAAAAUACUGUACAAAAAUAUCUAA